CCUCAGUGUUAGCCUUCAGCUAGCUCGCGAUUUUGAGGUAAGGGGAAGGCAGGAGGAGAUUGUCGUCGCUUGUAAGGGAUUUCACAUCAGUUUUACCGACCAGAUCACAGGUGGGAAAGUGAAUAUUGUCGCUGUCUGCCCGGAUACGCUUGUCAUCUCUCCAAAAAACAGCCUGUUGUCGUCAAACUUGUGCCGCGAGAGAAGCAGCAGCCGGAGUUGAGACUGAAUGGCUGAGGGCUCCUCAGACCCGCCUGACCUCGAUCCAGAUGGGGCGUCGCAUCAAAAGUCACAUCAGCACAGAUCUAGAAGAGGUCGACCCCGAUACAACAAUGACAGAAACCUGAGCAGUGAUGGUUACGAUCCGUCUCAACAACAUGGACACUUUCAUCAGGGCUUUAAACCCCAGUUUAACCACAAUAACUCGAAUUAUGCAGAGCAGUACUAUCCUCCUUACCAAGGACAGGAUGCAGCCAGAGGGCGAGGCAGAGGUAGAGGAAGGAGAGAAGGGAAUAGAGGAUUAAAUGGGAGUUUUGGUGGUCCAGAGCCCCAGUGGCAAAGACGAUCCGGUGGCGGCAGGAAGUCUAUGAGUGGCUUUCAGCAAAGUGCUCAUUCCUCAGAUGGACCUGAUGGACCCAACUGGCGGAGAGAAACUGUGCCACCAACCUGUGAAGACCAGGACGCUCAAGCUAAAAAACCCAGAAAUUUUGGCCAGGAGCAGAGGAGGAGAGAGCAGAAUGAGAAAAGUGCUCAUUUUAAGGAGAACAACUCGACAGUAGAGGGUCAGAGAUCAAAUGAAACUAAAGGAGAAAACCUCCCUGCAGACACCAGGGACAGGAUUCAGCACAGCAGGACGGACUCUCAACACGACGAUCAUCAGAGGAAACGCACUGAAGUAAAGCGACGCCAAGGACCGAUCAAACCGCCCAAAGCACCGGCUCAAGAGGAAGCGAGCUCAGAGAGGGGAGCCAGCGGCCAGGACGACUCUGAUCACGGCAGGUCGUCUCAGGAUUCGGCCUUUAAAGCUGCGAGAGGCUCCGGACGACACACACCAGUGCAGGGCAGAGGAGGGAGAAGAGGGAACCAUCAAAACCACAAACCUGUUCAGAGGAGCUGGGACAGGAUGCCCAAGAGCAAAGAGACGCAGACAGGUUGUCUGAUUGAGCAGUUGUCCGAGGAGAAGUACGAGUGCAUGGUGUGCUGUGACAUCAUCCGGCUCAUGGCGCCGGUGUGGAGCUGCCAGAGCUGCUUCCACGUCUUCCACCUGAACUGCAUCAAGAAGUGGGCUCGGUCUCCGGCCUCGCAGGCCGACGAUUCAGCUGAAGGUUGGCGUUGUCCAGCCUGCCAGAAUGUUGCAAUGAAGCAGCCGACCUCCUACACCUGCUUCUGUGGUAAAGUGACAAACCCUGAGUGGCAGCGCAGUGAGAUUCCCCACAGCUGUGGUGACAUGUGUGGGAAGAAGAGGAGCGGAGUGGACUGCAAUCAUCCCUGUAACAUCUUAUGUCACCCCGGACCUUGUCCUCAGUGUCCCGCCUUUGUGACGAAAUCAUGCAUCUGUGGUAAGACAAGUCAACCGAUGCGCUGCGGUCAGGCUGCGAUGCUCCAGUGUGACAAAGUGUGCGGUGCUGUGCUCAACUGUGCUGAACACACCUGUGUGCAGGUGUGCCACAGUGGGACAUGUCAGCCCUGCCAGCUGCAGGUUCAGCAGGAUUGCUACUGUGGGGUGACCACUCGUUCAGUCCUCUGUGGCACUGAUAAAGCAGGAUUCGAUGGUUCGGGACAUUUCUCCUGUCAAAAAAUAUGUGGGAAGAUGUUGAAUUGUGAGGCUCACAGGUGCCAGCAGGUGUGCCACCGUGGGCCCUGCCAGCCGUGUCCACGCUCCCCGAGCCUGGUGAAGACGUGUCCCUGCAGUCAGACGCCGCUGAGCAAACUGCUGGAGCUGGGCUACUCUGAACGACAGAGCUGCUCCGACCCCAUCCCCUCCUGUGGGAAGACGUGCAGCAAACCCCUGGCCUGUGGCUCCAGUGACACCAUCCAUCUGUGUGAGAACUUGUGCCACGAGGGCAGCUGUGGACCCUGCUCUCUGACCUCCACUGUCAGGUGCAGAUGUGGCUCCAAGACUAAGGAGGUUCCAUGUGCCAAAAUCCAAAAAGAAGAUGAACUCGUCUUCACUUGUGAGAAGCGCUGCAGCAAGAAGCGCUCCUGUGGCCGACACAAGUGUGGCGAGCUUUGCUGUGUGAAUGUGGAGCACAAGUGCCACUUGAUUUGUGGCUACAAGCUCAACUGUGGCCUCCACCGCUGCCAGGAGCCUUGUCACCGUGGAAACUGUGAACCCUGCUGGCAGUCCAGUUUUGAUGAGCUGACGUGUCACUGUGGGCUCUCUGUGCUGUACCCGCCCAUCCCCUGUGGCACGAAGCCACCAGAGUGUAAAAACCUGUGUACAAGACGACAUGAGUGUGAACACCCAGUGUUUCACAACUGCCACAGUGAGGAGAAGUGCCCACCGUGCACGUACCUCACUCAGAAAUGGUGCAUGGGAAAGCACGAGCAACGCAGCAACAUCCCAUGUCAUCUGCAAGACAUUUCUUGUGGUCUGACAUGUAAUAAAAUGCUGCCCUGCGAAACGCACCGCUGCAGACGGAUCUGCCACCGGGGAGAGUGCCUGGCAGAAGGCGGCUGCCAGCAGCCAUGCACGCUGCCUCGUCCAGACUGUGGCCACCCGUGCUCCGCUCCCUGUCAUAAAGGCAGCAGCUGCCCACGCACCACCUGCACUGCCAAGGUCGCACUACAGUGUGACUGCGGUCGAAGAAAGGAAACUGUAGUCUGUGCAGAAGCAGCCAAUUCAUAUCAGAGGUAUGCAGCCAUUGCCAUGGCCAGCAAGCUCUCUGACAUGCAGCUCGGGGACUCUAUGGACAUCGGGCCGCUCCUCAGUAAGAAGGAACUGAAACAGACGAGGCUUGAAUGUGAUCAAGAAUGUGCCACUUUGGAAAGAAACAGACGUUUGGCAGAGGCUUUACAGAUAGACUCAUCAUCUGACCCCUUCAACGUUCGCUCAACCUCCGUCUACAGCGACAGCCUCAAAGAGGACGCCAGAAAAGACCUGAAAUUUGUCACAGAGGUAGAAGAGGAGAUCAAGAAUCUUGUUGAACUUGCCAAUAAGGGAAAACAGCCGAAGAGGAGCCACUGUUUCCCGCCCAUGAACAGAGAACACCGGAAGAUCAUCCACGAGCUGGCCGAGGUCUACGCCGUGGAGAGCGUGAGCUACGACAGCGAGCCCAAACGCAACGUGGUCAUCACGGCCCACAAGGGGAAGUCAGCCUGCCCAAACUCAACCCUGACGUCUUUGAUAGAGCGAGAAACGGCCGCAAGAGCUCCGCCUCCCAUCGCUCAUAUCAAGCAGCACAGUAGCAAAGCUGCCAGUGGAAGCACCUGGUCGAAGAUGGUUAAAGAAGAGCCUGUAAUAGAUUAUUUUGAUGUCCAGGACUAAAAGAGGAAAAACCUCAGGAUCUGCUCGAAAGCCAAAAAAAAAAACUAAGUCUGAAACCUUUUUCCAUUUGCGUUCAUCGAAGAUCAAUAUUAAUUCCUCUGGCUUCACAAGCAAAUAAAAUUAUGUUUGGAAAUAUUUCAAAGAUGUCAUUGCCUGCUGAGAACACCCACUCCUGGUUUAUGUGAGAGGAGGAAUUGAACAAAUGCUGAGUCGAGUGUUUCCCAUGAAUUUAUAUAUUAAAGGCGAUGAAAACUUGCACAGAUUCUGAAGAAGGAUCAUUUUUGAAAAGCUUCCUCGUGUUUUCUUUGCCCCCCUUGGAUGCAGUUUAAUAAAAAAGUGAAUUCUUA